GACAAAACGAAAGGGAAAUCCAUCCAGUGAUAUCAUGAUGCUUACUGGGGAUGAUAUGAAAUGAAGAUAAUCCACAAUUGCUGUUGGAAUGCUUAAACAAUGAAAUGCAUUAAUGAACUAUCACGCAGUUAAGGAAGCGGACGUUAAAGGAAUGUUUGGCACAAAAACAGGAUUCACGAAGAACUGUUCUUGGAAAUAUUAAUGACUUUAUUUCAUGUGGAUUAAUUGAAGAAAAAACAAACAAAAAUAAACAAUGGAUCCUGAUAUUCCUCCAGCUGAUGUUGCAGCGGCAGAGGAGAGAUUUAAAACUCUCAGCCAAUCGCGAAGAGGAAAACUUGGAGCAUGCACCCGCAGAAUGAAUGAAAUUAAACCAUUACUGGUGCAAGGUGGAAAUAUGGAAAAGGUGGAUGAAGCUGUUGCAACAUUCAAGAUGUUACUCAAUGAAUUGAUUGAGUGUCAUGGACAUGUUCAAAUGCUUUUAUCUGAGGAAAUAAGGGAAACUGAGAGAAUGGAUUGGUAUGAACCAAAAAUGUCUGCAUUCACAAAUUUCCUUAAGGAUGUGGAAAUGUGGAAAAGCUCUCAAAUGGAUCCUCAGAUACUGAUUGAACCCCAUGACAGUGUUUCCAAUGCAUCACACAGGAGGAGCUCAAAAGCAGGAUCAACAACUUCUUCUGCUUCCUCAACCCACCUCAAAAUAGCCACAGAAAGAGCUGCCUGCCCGGGCAGCAGGAUUAAAGGAAAAGCAUGCACUUGAAAUGGAAAAGGCUCAACUGCAAGCUAGAUUCGAACGGAUGGAAAUGGACGCCAGCCUCGCUGAAUCUGAUGCAAAAAUGAAAGUUCUGGAGCAUUUUGAGACUGGUUCACAAAAUCCAACACAAGACGGCAUGAAUGACUAUGUAAAAGACUACAGAGUAAAACCACAUAUGUCAAUGGAUGCAGAGCCGUCUCCAAUUACCUUUGCUGAGUUUGGAGCCAUUCCCAAAACACCACUUCAAAGGCUUCUAUACCAACAACCAAGACCACCAGAAAAUAUUGAUAAUACAAACCAAAGCCCUCAACACACAGCUAGAGAUGCAGGAAUUACAGGGACAAAUAAUAAUGACAAUUUCCUGACUGUGAUGCAGAGACAAAAUGACAUUGUUAAUUUACUUGUACUUCAACAAAAGCAAACAUCACUGCCCACUAGGGAAAUCCCAGUCUUUGAUGGCAAUCCCCUGAAUUAUCAAAUAUUUGUGAGGGCAUUUCAACAUGGCAUUGAGGAGAAAACCACCAGUAACCAGGAUCGAUUAUAUUACCUGGAACAAUAUACUUCGGGAUCCUGCAGGGAACUGGUGAGAAGCUGCCUUCAUAUGGAUGCUAAUAGUGGCUUUGCUGAAGCUAAGAGACUGCUAAAAGUGCAUUUUGGAGAUGAGCUCAAGAUAGCAAACGCAUAUAUGGGGAAAGCUCUUAACUGGAACACUAUAAAGGCAGAGGAUGGAAAGUCACUGCACUGUUAUGCACUUUUUCUGAGAGGCUGCUGUAAUGCAAUGAGGGAUCUGCAGGACAUGGAGGAGCUGGACCUGCCAUCCAACCUACGGCUCAUUCUUUCAAAGCUACCUUACAAACUAAGGGAGAAGUGGAGAACAGCAGCUUGUGAUAUUCUGGAUCGGAGCCAUCAAAGAGCAAAAUUGCAUGACCUUGUUGUAUUUAUUGAAAGACAAGCUAGACCCUCUCUUUGGUGACAUUCACGAUCAUCAACUUAACAGUGCAAAGACUUUCAUUACAACUCCUGCUGAUUUAAGCCGAAAUAAGUGCAAGGGAAGCAGUUUUGCUACCACAGUGGCUAUAGUGUCAGACAGCCAUGCAGAGAAACCCAAAGAAGACAAUUAUCUU